AUGGUCCCUGUCGAGUUCUUCACAGGUGGGGCUGCUGGUCACAGGUGGGGCUGCUGGUCACAGGUGGGGCUGCUGGUCACAGGUGGGGCUGCUGGUCACAGGUGGGGCUGCUGGUCACAGGUGGGGCUGCUGGUCACAGGUGAGGCUGCUGGUCACAGGUGGGGCUGCUGGUCACAGGUGGGGCUGCUGGUCUCAGGUGGGGCUGCUGGUCACAGGUGGGGCUGUUGGUCACAGGUGGGGCUGCUGGUCACAGCUGGUGCUUGUGCCUGGUGCUGGUGGCUGGCGCUGGUGCUUGUGCCGGUGCCUGGUGCUGGCGGCUGGCGCUGGUGCUGGUGCCUGGUGCUGGCGGCUGGCGCUGGUGCCUCGUGCUGGCGGCUGGCGCUGGUGCCUGGUGCUGGCGGCUGGCGCCGGUGCUGGUGCGUGGUGCUGGUACCUGGUGCUGGUACCUGGUGCUGGUACCUGGUGCUGGCAGCUCGUGCUGGUGCUGGUGCCUGGUGCUGGCGCUGGCACUGGUGUUGGUCCCUGGUGCUGGCUGGUGGCGCUGGUGCUGGUGCCUGGUGCUGCCGGCUGGCGCUGGUGCUGGUGUCUGGUGCUGGCGUGACGGCGCUGGUGCUGGUGCUGGCGGCUGGCGCUGGUGCUGGUGCCUGGUGCUGGUGUUCCGCCACCACUCCCUUCCCCCUGUUCCUCUCUCCCCCACAGCAUUCCGCUGCCACUCCCUUCCCCCUUUUCCUCUCUCCCCCACAGCAUUCCGCCGCCACUCCCUUCCCCCUUUCCCUCUCCCCCCCACAGCAUUCUGCCACCAAUCCCUUCCCCUCCUCCCUCUCCCACCCACAGCGACCGCCGCUGCACCCGCGAACAGUCGUGACCGGGGGGGUGACGGGCAGGGGGGCAGGGGAAUGCGACGGGCGGAGCGAGACGACGGGAGGGAAGAAAGCGGGAUGGGGGGGGGGAGGGGGGAAGGGCCGCGAUGACCGCCACGGCCGCCGUCCCUUUCAUUCCCGAUUCUCCGCGCUAUGGCCGCGCGUGCGUGCUGCUAAUGUCGCGCGUGCCUGCGGCCAAUGCUGCACGUGCAUGCGGCUAAUGCUGCGCGUGCGUGCGGUCGCAUGUGCGACUACGACUGCACGUGCGCAUGCGUCUGCUGUGCUCUAG